UGCCUUAAAACACAAUCAGCUGUUAAUGUCUUGUUUGACAUUUCGCGAAUUUUCACGCACAAGUGAAGCGUAUUGGCAACGCGGAGGUUCGAAUAGAAAAGAAAUUUCUGUGAAGUGUGCUAACUUUGUGUGUGGUGUGGUAUUACUUAAAAUAAAUAUAAUUAAUUUUUAAGAAAUGGCAUCUAUUUUGCGUUCCGGAAAAUUGUUGCGUCAUUUCGCAGGGUUCACAAGAAAUAUUGUUGUUAAUUCAAUACGAGAUGCAGAAAGUGGAACUCUGUUACAAAACACACCAUGCAUGUGCAGUCCAUUCCAGCACGGCUAUGCCAACAACGUUGCACCGAAAGCAGAUUUAAGUUUAGAAAAGCAAAUACGUCGACUUGACCAAGAUGUUCGGCGAGUCGGGCGUAUAUCACGCCGUGAUAUCGAAGAAGUAAUGGAAGAAAUACGUUCGCAACGAACCGCUACUAGUUCGCAAUCGCUGUUGGUGAUACGUUGUUGUGGUAAUCUUGUGCCAGAAGAACUACCAGAAGUACGUACUGCACUCGUUCAGGAAAUAUGGAAAACAUUAAAUGCUUUAAAUGUGCCAAUGGAUAUAUCUCAUUACAAUGCACUUUUGCGUGUGUAUUUGGAAAAUGAACAUCAAUUUUCACCCACUGAUUUUCUAAGCGAAAUCGAAUCAAAGAAUAUUGAACCUAAUCGAGUAACUUAUCAACGUCUCAUAACACGUUAUUGUCAACAAGGCGAUAUCGAAGGUGCCACACGCAUUUUGGAGUUUAUGCGUGAAAAGAAUCUGCCAGUCAAUGAAAAUGUUUUCAAUUCACUGAUACUUGGCCAUUCCCAAGCAAAUGAUCUUGAAUCUGCAAAAGGUAUUUUGACUGUAAUGGCACAAGCUGGCUUGGAACUAAGCGCAGAUACAUAUACCACACUGCUAUGUGCUUUCGGUCGUCAUGGAGAUAUAGAAUCUAUUUUAAAAACCCUCGAGGAGUGCGAGGUAAAGGAGAUAUUUUUGCUGGACAAAGAUUUGCUAGAUGUUGUAUAUCAUUUAACGAUAAAUGGUCAUGGCGAUAAAGUUGAUGCAGUUCUUGCCAAAUUGCGCAUUUCAACAGGUUUCAAUCAAGAUGCAGUAAACGUUAUUUUACGUUUAGUUAAUAAAGGUUAUGAAGAUACAAGCUUUAAAAUUUUGCGAAUCAUGCCACGCGGAACACGUGUAGAUGGGCAAUUAGUUGAUGUCGGUACUUUCUUUAUUAAACAAUUGGUGAAGGCUGAUCGUCCUUUGGAGAAAAUAUUAAGCAUUUGCAAAGCUUUACAUGAUGAAGGACUGAACACAAAAGCACUUUUGAUUGCUACUGAAGCUGGUCUUCAACAUGGUAAGGUAAAUAAUGCUAUACCGCUACUCAAAGAGAUGAAAAACGCUGGUCUUCCCAUAAGACAACACUAUUUUUGGCCAAUUAUAUGCUCGGAAGAAUCAAGUCAGAUACUUAAUAUUAUACGCCGUAUGCAAGAUGAAUUUGACUUGCAUCCGAGCGCUGAAACCAUACGCGACUAUGUUAUACCGAAUAUGAAGGAGAAGAAUUUAGAUAAAAUUGUUAUGGCUUUGCGCGAUGUGGGUGUUUCAAAUGCUGUUGCAGCAUCGGCCGUAGCUUUUAUGGCAUUGACUGAAAAUAAACUUCAAGAAGCUGCAGCUAUAAUAGAAUCCUAUAGAGCUAACUACACACUAGCGUUUUUCAAGCAACCUUUAAAUCAAGCUAUCUCGGUAACGAAUGACUAUAGUUCAUUUGUACGAUUUGUGCGACAAAUUUAUGAAUCUGUCGAAAAUCGUGACAAUAAUCAAAACGAACAGAAAUCUGAACAGGCUGCUACUGAUGCAGAAGCUAGCGAACACAACGAGACUGAGAGUGGUGUCAGCGGAGCAAACGAUGUCGUUGGUAACGCACUAAAUGAUAUGUGUGUAUACCUUCGACGUGAUUGUGUGCAAGCUUUAGAAAACGUCUUGCCAUUGUUCGUUAAGGAAGGUUUGUCCAUUUCCAAUACUAAUGCAAAUCGCAUAUCUGAACGUAUUGGAUCCGAGAUGACUCCAUUGAUAUCUGAGUAUUUGGGUAAAUUGAGCUCUGGUGAAUUAGAACCUGUACCAUUAAAAAAUACACAACAACGCAAACGCGGCUUAGAAAGUUUGACAAUUGAAGAGUUGGAACGUUUCAUUGUUAAUGUCGAAGCAAAAGGAGAAAAUGCAAAUAAUAUAAAACGUUUUCUAAUCACUGCCUGUUUCCGUUCCAAGAAUUUGGAAAAGGCCGAACAGGUUAUUGAAAAACUUAAGGCGGAUAAUUUUAACAUGCACGUAGGCAUUUAUGCACAACUUUUAGAUUUAUAUACACUCCAUGGCAAAUCAGCUGAAUUCUUAGCUUUAUAUAAGGAUCUCCAGGCAAAAGAUGCUGAUUUUGUUUUGGAUAAUUUUAAGACAUUGCGCUUUAUUGAUUUAUUAUUAAAAGAAGAACGUUUCGAUGAAGGCAUCGAAUUCUUGAAGAAGAACAAAAAGCAACAGUUACCAGAGGAAGAAGGCACUUUUAAUUAUGAAAGUAUUGUGUGGCGCCUAUUAAAUUCUUUAGCUGAAAAGGGUGAUUCGCAGAAAUUGCAAAAACUGUUCGAUACACUGAUAGAAAAUAAUUACAUCAUACCCAAGAAUACAUUACUCGGGCCAUUGGUUAAGGUACAUUUAGUAAAUGAUAACAUUGAAAAAGCUAUUGAAACUUUCGAAAAUUGUUGUGAGAAAUACAAGAGCACUCCUUGGAAAAACGAAUUAGCUUGUCGUCUCAUACAAAAGGAGGACGCAUCUAACUUGCAAAAACUUACUGAUUUAAGUACUAACAUUCACGGCGAAGUAAAUAGCUUAUAUGAUUUGGUCUUCUCGUUUGUUGAAUGUGGUCGCAUACGCCAAGCUAGAAAAAUACUUGAAACACCAGGUUUGCGUACACGUCCACACCGUAUAGACUCUGCAUGUGAACGUUACAGAAACGAAGGCAAGGUUCAACCACUUGAAGGUUUAGCUGAAGCCACUAAAGAUCUUGGUCACAUUGAUCGCAAUAAGAUUUAUUACAAUUUACUCUUAAGUUAUCAACAAACUGAGGACACUGAGAAGGCUUUGGGCUUAUGGACAAAAAUGCAAGAAGAGGAUAUUAAUGUCAGUGAUGCAUUCCUUAUCAAAUUAGCAGAAUUUUUACGUCAAAAGAAUGUAAAUGUACCAUUUGUAGUCCCAAAUGUUGUGGAAGAAAAUGUUACAAAUGUUAAACCUGUGGCUUCUAUCUCUUCGCAAAGAAAUGUUAAUAUUAUAAGUGCGGUUUCAGAACCUAGACAACAAUCGACUUCCUCACAAUUUCGUAAGGCUUUGCUUAAUAGAGAUAUUGAAGGUGCUUUAAGUAUCAAAAGAAAUUUAAAUGGAACAAAAUUAAACGUUACAGAUAUUUCUCGACUCGUUGAGCAAUUGUUACGUGCUGAUCGUCUUUCUGAAGCAAACAAAUUUGUUGAGGAACUAUUGACAAACAAACAACGUCCAAUACUGAAGAUUUUGAAAUUUUAUUUGAAUAAAGUAGCUGCUGCAGGCGAUAUCGCAACACUUGAUCGUAUUGAUAAACUUAUAGAUGAUGAGUUAAAACGUUUAAUUUCUUUUGACAAUCGGUAUUGCAACGCGUACAUUAAUGCUGGAAAAGCAGUAGAAUAUAUACAGAGUUUAAGUGACGACAUUUCGAAAGCCAGCACAACUGAAGAUGUUGCCAAACUGGCUGUGAAAUUCCCACGUGGUGGUGCUUUAGGUAUUUUAGCAAAACAUCCGGAAGUUUUGCCACAAUUUGAGCAAAUAGCUGAGAAAUUUGCAAAAUUCAAUCAACUUGGACCUAUUAAUGUUCUAUGGAUAUAUCACAUUUCAAACGGCAAUGAAACUGCCUCAAAAGCCAUUUGGGAUAAAUUCUUAUCAAAUGCUCCACGUCUUAUGUUCCAACGCGUAUUACAAACUGCACGCGAACAAAAAGACGGACGCAUGGUACAAACGGUAAUCGAUCAAUUGCGUGAAUCAAAAAUAUCUGUAGGAGCAAUUGGAAAUGCUUAUUCAUGCCUAAUUGAUAUACAAAUUAAUAAUGCUGAACCUGAAAAAGCUUUGGAGGCAUUAAAAACCGCUCUUAAAGAUGUUAGCUUAGAACAUAUAAAUCGCACUGCUUUGAUUCGUCUAAAACAAGCAUUACUUGAAAAGAAGAAGGAAUUCCCUUAUGAAAUUCCAGAAAAGAAAUCGAGACAUGACUCAGUAUCAAGUACAUCCAGUGAAGACGAUGAUGAUGAUUUCUCACCAAAAACACCAGAAACAAGACCACAAAAACCUAACCAAAAGUUAAAGUAGAAAACUAUUUUCUUUUUAAGUUUAAUUAAUUUAACAAUUAAUUUCCUUAACUAUUAAGUGUACCUAAUAUUUAGUUAUUUCAAAUAAUGAAACUAUAAUUAAUUAAAAUAAAUUAAUUUCGUUAAAGAAUUA